AUGAAGGGGGAACCCACUCCAGAAUUGGAUUGUUGCCACAAGACCAAGCCCCUGAGGAGCACAGGGAGCUCCCUGUCCCCCAUCCUGGACUUCCAGCCCUGUCAAGGAGACCAGGUCUUCCCAGCUUGCAGGCCACCUCCUGACCCAGUGGAUGUCCAUAGCCCAUCCUGUGCCAGCUCGCUGUGUCCCUGGCCACUGGCACUUGCCAGAUCUGCCCUGCUGCCCUGCCCCCAGGGCCUGGACCUCUACAUAUGCACCCUGCAGAUGGCACCCCCAGGCACAGCUCCACAGGAUCUCAGAGAGGACUCCAUGAGCACAAAGCACCAGCCACCAGGGCCACAUGCUGGCUCCAUCGAGGACAAGAAACUCAUAGCAAAGUACCUUCUGAGCGGGGACAAGAUGGGAAGCCAGCUGGAAAGAGUUGGCAAGGGGGCUCCCUGCCCACCCUUCUCGUCUCACAACACCUCUUCCCCACCCCCCUGGCAGCAUACAAAGAGCCCCAGCCCCUUGGCUUUCUGCUCCUGCCACCUAUCCGCUCCUGUCUCCAAAGAACAACAAUUCCACCUCCACCCCCUCUAUCCUGCAUACCCACUUCUCCUGCCUCCACCUUACCUGUUAGCCUCUGGGGCCCUGCCUUCUAUCCAAUGUCCCCCCCUCUUCAUGCUGCCCCAAGACACCUCCUACCCCACCGGGGCUGUGCCCAGCAUGCUGAUGCGUGUCAGUGAGCGUGGGCACCACAGCGCCUGCGGGGAGACUCUGCGUCCUUACCCAGGGGCCUCCCAAACUUCGGGCCAAACCCAAUCCUCCCAGGCCUGGAACUCAGGCCUUGGAGCUGCAGGGAUCUAUUCUCCAGGGCUGGAACAUCCUGGCAGGGCAGCUCCAGCAAAGCGGGCCCCACCAGCCUCCCGGGUAGGCACUGCAGCCCUGCCUUACCCGCUGAAGAAAGAGAAUGGCAAAAUCCUGUACGAGUGCAACGUGUGCAGCAAGAGCUUUGGGCAACUCUCCAACCUCAAGGUCCAUCUGCGUGUGCACAGUGGGGAGCGCCCGUACCAGUGUUCCCUGUGUCAGAAGAGCUUCACCCAGUUCGCCCACCUGCAGAAGCACCACCUGGUGCAUACAGGGGAGCGGCCCCAUGAGUGCCUGAUGUGCCACAAGCGCUUCAGCAGCUCCAGUAACCUCAAGACCCACCUGCGCCUGCACUCAGGGGCCUUGCCCUUCCAGGGCAGUGCCUGCUCACGUAGCUUCACCCAGCACAUUCGCCUGAAGCUGCACCAUCGGCUGCAUACUCCACAGACCUGCAGCCUAGCUCAUACCCACCUGCCUCUGACUUCUCUUGCCUGCCUCGCCCAGUGGCACCAGAGGGCACUAGGUCUUGUGGCAGUGCCAUCAGAGAAGCAAAUGGGCUGGGGUGCAGACAAGAUCAAGUUGUCCUCAGCAUCCCGAAAAGCAAGGGCAGCCAGCCUGAGCUGUGAUAGGGGCUUCCCUAUCCGGGUACUGGGGCGGCUACCGGGUGAGAUUCUGGCUGAGUCGAGAUUUGGGCUAUCCCCUCCUUCGGGAGGAAGACCCCUUGCCCAGCUCCACCACCUGGCCCCUCUUUCCUCGUCCACUUCGUUUAGACGCAUCUUGAAGGGUGUCUGCACCUGCCAGUGCGGGCGCGGCCGCUGUUUGCUCAGGGGGACGGGCCGGAGGAGGCGUUUCUCCUCAAAUGAGCGGAUCCGGGUGGCCGCUGCGUCCCAGAGUGGGGCCCCAACGCCCCGAGCCCGGGGCUUUGCCCUGGACAUGGCCGAGCGGUGCGAGGGCCUGGGGGCCCGCCUGACCCGCCUGACCCGCCGCCUGGCCAGGCUAGGGGUCCGCAGGGAAAGCAGGGAGAAGCAGACCUCAGAGGAGGCCAGAGCCCGGGAUAGACCCUGGGGUGGCCAGAGCUGCCCUGACCUGGCCCAGGACCAGGGCAGCACCAGCAAUGACAGCUUCAAGCUAGGCUUGGUUGGCUCCAAGCCUAGCUUGACAGAGGUCAGGUUUAUCCCAUUUUCAGGGGAACCCUCUUCCCUGGCUCCCUCAUGUCCCAGGUACAUCUCCAUGCCCAGACCCAAGCCCAGAGCUGCUCAGAAUGGGACCUUCGGGAAGGGAGCCGUGGUUCCUGGCUUUGGAAGCGACGACGACGACGACGACACAGCUCGGUGGGGCUCACUCAGCCUCUGGGGCGCCUACAGAGGCCAGCCGUGGGCAGCGCCUCCGACAUGA